AUGUUGAAGCAUUUUUCAAACUUUCUCAGGUAUUUAAUUUUGGUUGAGGGGGCAUGUGUUGGGCUUGGGGCAAUAAUGAUGUAUGCUGAGGGCUAUGUCCCGGCAUACGGCUUGUUUAUAUUUUUAGUGCUAGUAGCAUGUGAAACUUCUCUAGCGUUGGGCUUAAUGGUGGGAAUUAUGCGAAACCCCGAGUCUGGGGUUUAUUCUUUAUAUUCUUACGGGGAGUAA